AUGAAUUCAUCAUCUCACAACGUGUCGAGCAGCCUGGGUAGUCGAGACUCACCGAGCACAGCUGUGGCUAAAAAUGUAAUUGUCCUUGCACUUGGAUUCAUCAUCAAUUAUAUCAAUGGCACUCUGGUUCACACCUUCAAAAAACACCAGAUAUUUUACAUGAAUCCUCGUUAUAUCUUGUUCGUCCACCUGGUACUGAAUGAUAUGAUCCAGCUCACUGUAACAAUCAGCCUGUUUGUCUUAAGUUAUGUCUUUUACAAACUUAAUGGUUCUUUCUGCUGCUUUUUGAUUACCUUUGCCCUUCUUACCACCCUCAAUACCCCAUUAAAUUUGGCUGUAAUGGCAGUUGAAUGCUACAUCGCUAUUUGCUUUCCACUGCGGCACUCAAAACUCUGUACCAUCAAAAGAACCUACAUUAUGAUUAUUUGUAUUUGGGCUUUGAGCGCAGGGUCAAUUGUGCCAGACAUCUUUAUAACUCUGGCAACAGAACCACUAAGGUUGUUUUAUUCAACAAUGUUUUGUGAGAGGGACAACCUGUUCCGACACCCAAUAAGUUUAGAAAAAAGGGAUGUUUCUUAUCUAAUUUAUCUCAUUGCAGUUUGGCUAACACUGUUCUUCACUUACUUAAAGAUCUUUUUUGUAGCUAAAGCAGCUAAUUCAGUAGAUGGAAAUCUAAAGAAGGCCAGGAACACGAUCCUGCUUCAUGGUUUUCAGCUACUGUUGAGUAUGGUUACAUAUUUAUUUCGCAUCUUACAAAAGGCUUUGACACAAUGGUUCCCUCAACAUUACAUACAAAUUUUCUUUGUUUGCUACAUCAUCAUUCAGAUUCUCCCCAGGUUUAUCAGUCCUAUUGUGUAUGGGCUACGAGAUGCAACAUUUAAACGACAUUUGAGAAAGUAUUUGCUCUGUACAAUGAGAGCAAGUAACAAUCCAAAGUGA